AUGUUCAACUGGGCAAAACAAACUUUGGCUAAUGUCGUGGGCACGGAAGAGCCCAUCUAUGGCGCUUCGGCCAUAAGAUCAGUCGCCGAAGAUGCCAAAACGACGCCGUAUACAGAGUUAACCAGAGAUGACAUGAAAUGGGAGGCUAUGGAAUCGACCUGUGUCGAGAGUCAAACCUUCUAUUUCAUGGCGGACAGUGGUCAUUUAACUUUUGCUCAGGUCAUUUACAGCAAUGUGGUCGGCAUCCGCACCACUUGCCAGUUCAACUGCAAGGUCUUCUACACAGACGGCACGAAACCCCUAUGGAGCUCUUCGCCCUUGAGCCACGCCGAGUUUAGCGAAGAUAAAACAUGCUUUUUUGCCACCGACUGCGCCGUAGAACUAUCCGCGGAUGGGAACUCCUACACAAUCAAGUCGAUGAACGAUCCUCAGUGUAUCGUCAACCUUAAAAUAACAAAGGUGGCGCCUGGCUUCGUUGUCGGCAAGAAUGGCAAGUCCUUGUUCGGUACAGACCUAUCUCACCCGUGGGGCUCCAUGCGACAUGCGUUCUGGCCAAGGUGUUCAGCUGAGGGGAGUGUCAUGACAAAGAAUGGACCCAUCGACUUCAAAGGGAAGGCUUUCCUUUCCCACGCUCUGCAAGGCAUGAAGCCUCACCAUCUAGCAGCCCGGUGGAAUUUCCUCAAUUAUCAAGGACCGACAUAUUCCGCAAUCCUGAUGGAGUUCACUACGCCACCAUCGUAUGGAACGACCGUCGUAGGCGUCGGCGGGAUUGCCAAGGAAGGGGAGAUUAUCACUGCUGGACCUAACUGUGGCGCCACACACCUUAAGACGAAGCAGGACACCGAGAACGACUGGCCCGAGCCCACCGAUAUCAAAUUUACCUGGUCCGGCACCACAAAGGACGGAAAACCCGUCGAGGCCGUUAUCGAAUGUGCCAUGGGCGAGAGAGUUGAUAGGAUUGACGUCAUGGCGGAAGUUCCUGGUUUCGUCAAGAAAAUCGUCGCCAAUGCGGCGGGAACUAAGCCAUACAUUUACCAAUUUUUCCCCCAUAAUAUUCCUACUGUGCUAAAGCUCAAGAUCGGGGAUCAAGAGAUUACCGAAGAGGGACGGUUGUUCAGCGAAGCAACUUUCAUAUCCGCAACGGAGUAA